ACAGUGGAUCACGUGGCCCAGGUAAGUGUCACGUGAUGCAGGUUUGCACGUGUCUCACACAGGGCUGAAAGUACACUAUAUUGCCAAAAGUUUUGGGACAUCUGCCUUUACAUGCACAUGAAUGUAAUAUGGAGUUGUCUCGCCCUUUGCAGCUGUAAGAGCUUCAACUCUUCUGGGAAGAUUUUCCACAAGGUUUAGGAGUGUGUUUAUGGGAAUUCUUUGACCAUUCCUCUAGAUGAGAGGUCAGGCACUGAUGUUGGACGAGAAGGUCUGUCUCCACUCUAAUUCAUCCCAAAGGUGUUCUAUGGGGUUGAGGUCAGGACUCUGUGCAGGCCAGUCAAGUUCCUCCACACCAAACUCACUCAUCCAUGUCUUUAUGGACCUUGCUUUGGUCACUGGUGUGCAGUCAUGUUGGAACAGGAAGGGGUCAUCCCCAAACUUUUCCCACAAAGAGCAUGAAAUUGUCCAAAAUGUCUUGGUAUGAAGCUGAAGCAUUAAGAGUUCCUUUCACUGGAACUAAGGGGCCGAGCCCAACCCCUGAAAUACGACACCUGAAUUUAAUGGCUUGGAGGGGUGUCCCAAUACUUUUGGCAAUAUAGUAUAUGUGUGUUUAUAAAGGAGUCGGGUGUAGAGCUAAAAUUAAUCAGAAAGCAGUGUUUCCUCACAAAUCUGAUUCACACUCAAAUGUCAUGAGUGUUCAUAACACAAAUCAUCACAAUUCUAACCACUUACAUUUACAACAUCUGGACUCUGGAUCGGUCAGAAGAUGGUUAGUGCAGUAGACAAAUAUUCAUAUGUAGGUCGAUGUUGUUAUCUCACUCUUCACCACUAGAGGGCAGCAAACACACGUCAUGCUGCCUGAGUCACGUGACCCAGCGGCCUGCUGGGAAAUAUGGAGCCUCCGUAAAUCUCUCCUUGUUCUCUCUCUCUCUCUCUCUCUCUCUCUCUCUCCAGGAAGUGAUAGAGCACUGAGGAGACCAGCAGGAUGUCUGAGACCUUCACGACUCCCACCAGAAGAGCUGAGGAGAUUCUGGAUGAGAUCCACUCAGAUCUGCUCGAGUGUAAAGUGUGUUUCGAAAUGUUUUCAUCUGAACCCAGAGCUCGAAGACCACGCAAUCUCCCCUGUGGUCACGUGAUCUGUCUGGGGUGCGUCUGCAGCCUGUCUCAUGCCAUGUCUCGUAGUCUCGAGUGUCCUUUCUGCAGGAAACAAUGCGAUCAAGGUGGCACCUACGAAUGCCAGGUUCUCGUCGACCUUCAGGAAAUGAUCGGUUUAUAUUUCCCUCAGAAAAAACCCAGAGACUGGGAGAAAAAUCUGGGUUCAGGGGUCAUGCGUCUACACGGCGCCUUCGGAGGAUGGGGUCCACUCAUCAACCCGACUGGGGUAGCCGUGUUCGGGGCAUCAGGGGACGUCCUGGUUGCGCACGGAGGACACCAGAGAGUGACCGUGUUCGGGUCUCGUGGUCAGUUCUUGCACGGUUUUGGGCGCUACGGUCACAACAGCUUUGAAAUCUGCCAUCCUUUAGAUCUCGCUGUUGCUCCUGACGGCCAUGUCGUGGUCACGGACGCAGGAGAUCGAUCGGUUAAGGCGUUCUCGUUGACAGGAAGUCCUGUCACCACCGUCUCAGAGUUUCAGCUCCCUUGGGGCGUUGACGUGGACGUCUCGGGGAACGUCUUAGUGACAGAUGCCGAAGCUGGGACACUUUGGCAGGUGGUCAUGGACUUCAGACGUGGCGUGCUUUUGGAGAAGAAGGUUAUGGUGGAAGAUCUGAAGACUCCACGAGCCGUGGCUUGUUGCAGAGCGUCCAGACGUGUCGCAGUGGUGGAACAUCUCCAGAUUCAAGAGAGUCUGGCGUCUGACGCUACAUUGACACGGUUGAAGGUGUUCAGUGCUGAUUUCAUCCUCCUCAAACAGCUGGACGCUUUCAGUUUCCCCCUGCCGAGGCCGAGCAUCUCGGCCCUAACCUUCAACAGAAACGGAGAUUUAAUGGUAGCUGACGUGAACCAGGGAAUCGUUUGGAGUCUGGGAGACGUCCAGAAAGCACCAGAGUUAAUCCCACUGGUGAGAGAGGGACUGGUGCGUCCGGUGGGAUUAGUGACCACUGACGAGGACAUGCUGAUCGUCCUGGACGCCGGAGAUCACACCGUGAAGACGUACACGAGCGACAUUGAGGACUUGUACAGUGAUAACAAAUAGAAAUCUGGACUCUGAACAUUUUUAAAAAAUUCCCCCGAAAAAAGAAAAUUAUUUAUUGCAAAUAAGUGAAAUAAGCCGGUGCUUAAAAACUGGAACUCACACAGUUAGUGUUGUGAAUAAUUAUUAAAAGAUUUGUUGUUUUG